AAGAGUUGGGGCUGCUUGGUAACCAUGAAGACCUUAAUCUUGAUUUUUGCGGCAGCUCUGCUAGGAGGCUCCAGGGCCAAUCCUGUCUUGCAAGCGGAGCCAAAAUCCAGUUGGGAAGGAGCGGUGGAAACCUUCUGGGACUACGUGACCAAGAUUGAGAAAUCAGCCGAUGAGGCUGCUACUCAAAUUAAGGCUUCCCAGAUCAACAAAGAACUGGAUGGCCUGAUAACAGACACCAUGGGGGAACUGGAACAGUACACCACUGACCUAAGGAACAAGGUAGGCCCAUAUGCUCAGGACGUUCAGCAGCGCCUGACUACGGAAGUGUCAUCCCUGGCGGGAAAGCUGCGAGCUGACAUGGAAGAGACCAAAAGCAAGCUACUCCAAUAUACCAAUGACGCCCGUGUGAUGUUCGACCACAACGUGGAAGUGGUUCGGUCGCAGGUUGAACUGUACAUGCGCAAACUGAGGAAACGCAUCACCAAGGAUACUGAGGCCUUGCGAAACAAAUUUGCGGCCUACACCGAGGAGGUACGGGCCAGCACUGACGACAAAGUACAUGCUGUGCGCCAGGGGCUGGAGCCCUACAUUUCCAGCAUCCGUGAAAAGGGGCAGGAGCGGCUCCAGGCCCUUCAGCAGGCUGUGGGAGAUCAAGGGAGGAUGGUUCAUGAGCAGCUCAGCGCCCGGGCUCAGGAGCUUCACAACCACUUCCGUGGGAAAGCUGAGGAAGUCAAGGACAACAUCGACCAAGUUACUGAAAAAGUACGCGAGUGGGUCGAACCCUUUCUGCAGGACCUCCGCUCACAGAUCGAGUCCUUGGUGGACAAGUUCAAGCAGCAGCAGUCUUAAAAGC